AUGGACAUUACCACAUCCAAGAUCACAGCAGGAACUACUCUUACUGUUCCCUUAUCUCCUGAUGGUGAUGAUGUGUUUGAAUGGGUUGCUGGUGACUCUCCCUUACGUGUGUUCAGGUCAUCCACAACGUGGGAAGUGCUUCGACCCCGACAGGAGAAACAGGAUUGGGUGGACAUUAUUUGGUUCAAGGGAGCAGUGCCUAAGCACAGCUUCACGAUGUGGGUGAUGAACUACGACCGGUUACCGACAAGAUCAAGGUUCGCUGGAUGGGGAAUGAUGGUAUCUGCGAAAUGCGCUUUCUGCUCCAGAUAUGAUGAAACUAGAGACCACCUCAUGUUAACCUGUGAGUAUAGCCAAUACGUCUGA